AGCGAGAGUGAGAGAGAAUUUUCAGUGCUCUGUUUAUCUGAUCCUCCUGGCCAGAAGGAAGUUUCAUUUGAGGUGACAUCUCCUGACCAAGGAAGAUACAUUGGGGGAGAUAUGAUGGAGGACAAAGAGGAGGAUGAUACUCCAUCAACGAGGUCGCUGGUUAUUUUUGGCAGGGACGUCUCACAGAUUCCCUGCUUCCGCUCAAGCUUCCUGUAUGGGAUUAGUGGAGGAAUAGCAGGUGGAUUUGCUACAUUUCUCCUAACAUCACGCACGAGGUUGUCCUCGCACGUGGGCAUGGCUACAUUCUGCCUCACAACUCUCAGCUAUUGGUCUCACUGCCGGUACAAUUGGUCAAAGACUAGACACGAAUACGCUUUACUACAGCGUGGGAUGCAGGAGCAUGCAAUGUACGAAGGAACUGACUUAGAAAGGGAAGUCCUUAAGCGAGGAGCGGAUGCCUAAAGGACACAGCUUAUUUUGUAGAAAUGUUAAUAUAAUUAAUUAAUUUGUUUUAUAGACGAAUAAAAAAUAUGCCGAAAAUGUA